AAGUGCACGUCAAGAAGUGCAAAAAGUGGCAAAGAGUGCUGAAGAAUGGAUGUGAGGGACAUAAAAGAAGAACCAGAGGAUUCUGAGUAUCCUUCUGCGGAAGAUCAAUUCAUUGAUUGUGAUAUCGUGAAGGAAGAGUACGAGAUACAAGAUGCUUCGGAGUGUUUUGUGGAAAAGUAUGUUGAUAACCUUCCAAUCUUUCAAUUUCUAAAGUCUCUCCUUUUUUUCAUGCUAAGAAAGCUGCCUGCGCAGAUUGAGGGCGCCGUGAGGAACAUCGUCAGCUACGAGAUCACGGAGUACCCAAAGGCAGAGAGUGAGGAGAAAAAGUUCAAGUGUUCAGUGUGCGCGAGGACAUUUGCCAAGUCAAGCUAUUUGGGAGCACAUUUCAGAAGCCACAAUCCUCACAAACCCUACAAAUGCAACAUUUGCGAGAAGAAUUUCACCCUCGCAUCCCUUCUGCAGAAGCACAUCACGUCGCACUUUAGCCAGAGAACUGUUCCGUGUUCGUAUUGUCCGAAGAAAUUCAAGACCAGAGAAGCUGUGGCGAAGCACAUGAAGGUUCACACGGAGAAACCGCGUCCGUGUGCGAUUUGUGGAAAGAUGCUGAAGAAUGCCAGAAGUCUGCAAUAUCAUGUGAAGUACGAGCAUGAAUUCAAUGGUCUGCAGAAGCCUGUGGUUUGUCAAGUGUGCGGAAAAGCCUUCAAGACGCAAUUCCUGCACGAUCGACACACGGAGAUUCACAAGGAGCAAAUCAAGAGCUUCGAGUGCGAGAUUUGCCAUCAGAAGUUCAGGGAGAAGUACAAGCUGAAGACGCACAUGAGCAUUCACACUCUGGAGAGGCCAUUUGCUUGCGAUAUUUGCAAUAAGACAUUCAGAUUGAAGCAUCUCCUGGACAACCACAGAAACAGGCAUUUUCCUGCUGAGAAAGUUGAGUGUUUCUACUGCAGAAAGGCUGUGAAGUAUCUAGAUUCGCACAUACAACUGAAGCACAGAGGCCUUCCUAAGUCUGCUGCAUCAAUUCCUUCGUGCACAGUUUGCAAGGAAAUCUUCCCGAGUUUGGAGGAUUUGAUCGUUCAUGUGAAGAUUCACAAACUCGAGAAACGCUUCGAGUGCGCAACUUGUGGCAUGAAAUAUUGCUACAAGAGUGAAUUGAAGGGACAUUUGCAAGCGGUCCACUUGAAAUUGCCAAACGCCAAGAAGGAAAAGAGCCAAUGCACGCUGUGCUGGAAGACAUUUAGUGGUGUGUGGAAUUUAAAGUGUCACAUGAACACGCACAAUUCCCAAAAGGUUUUCGCGUGUGAAAUAUGCACGAAGAGCUUCAAGUUUGAGAAUUCACUGAAGCGUCACAUGGAGGAACAUGAGACUUUAGUGGGAAAUGCCAGAAAGUGCUUUUAUUGUGCAGAAGAGUUCGAUGAUAAACGAAAGCUACGAAUUCAUGUGGCAACAAAUCAUCGUGGUUUAUCAAUCAAUGCCACAGAGCCUCCCUUCAAAUGCACUGUUUGCAAGGAGAAUUUCCAGAACUUUGAAGGACUGAAGGAACAUGUCUCAAUUCAUAAGGAGCAUUGUGAUAUUUGCGGAAAGAGCUUUAAUUUGAAGAGUCAAGCGAAAGCUCAUGCUGAGAAAUGUCAUCAUAAGAAUUGAUUUCGCCAAAAGACAGCAUUUUAUGGAAGCAUUCUUUGUACUGUGUGUAUGAAAAUGUCAUGU